AUGCCCAAACGCCCGAUGCCGCAAGCCAUCGUCUUUGUCACGGGGAACGCGAAAAAGCUGGAGGAGGUGAAGCACAUCUUGUCCUCAGGAUCCGAGGAACUUCCUUUCGAGGUCACGUCUCAAAAGAUUGACCUGCCCGAGCUGCAGGGAUCAAGCACGAAGGAGAUCGCCGUGGAAAAGUGUCGUCUCGCUGCGGACCACGUGAAAGGGCCCGUGAUGUGUGAGGACACCUCGCUGUGUUACCACGCCCUCAAGGACCUGCCAGGUCCAUAUAUCAAGUGGUUCCUCGAGAAGUUGGGCCACGAAGGGCUGAACAAGCUUCUUGCGGGAUACGAGGACAAGUCGGCCUACGCGCAGUGCCUCUUCACGCUCUGCGCUGGGCCCGGCAAGGAGGUGCGUGUCUUCGAUGGCCGCACGGAGGGGAAGAUUGUGGAGGCCCGCGGCCCCAAGGACUUUGGCUGGGAUCCGGUUUUCGAGCCUACAGAGGGCGAGGGAAAGACCUUUGCUGAGAUGACGAAGGAGGCAAAGAAUGCCAUUUCCCAUCGUGGCCGAGCAUUGCAAGAGCUACGCACCUGGCUUAUCGCGAAUGCCGCAUCCUUCGAAGAGGAAGCCAAGUGA